ACCGACCAUCUCUUAUUUAUAGACAACUUGCUUCAAGCUACAGCAGUUCACCUUUGCAUGAAUGUCCUGUGGACCUUGACAUAUUCUCUCACAGACCUUUCAUUGGAUAUCAAAUGGGAGCACAAUGUUCAGUGCGAAUUUCAAAAGGCAAGCAGGCGAAGGGACAGAAUUCGAGAGAAAGAGAGGUUGAUCAUGAUCAUGUAUUUCAUACAUGUCAAAAAGAAGCAAGUGCCUUUAAUUUCAUUAUGAAGAAUAUUCAUGAAAUCCCUACGUUCAUCUUGCAUAUGACUGAAAUUACAAAACUCAAUCUGUCCCACAACAGGCUGGAGAAGCUCCCCCCUGCACUGGGUAAGCUUGAACAUAUAGUCGUGCUGAACUUAUGUGGAAACCAGAUUGUUUCCCUGCCCAAGGAAAUAGGUUUACUGAGAAACCUUCGGGUCUUGUUUGUUAACAUGAACUACUUGGAUGAGCUUCCAGAGGAACUGGGUUCAUGCAAGAAGUUGGAAGUCCUGAGUCUUUCACAUAACUACCUAUCAGCUCUUCCCUUAUGCUACAGUGAUUUAACUUUGCUUAAAAAGCUCAACCUGAGCAACAACUGGUUUACUUACAUUCCCUCUUGCAUUUUCCAAAUGAAGAAUUUAGAUUUUUUACAUUUGGGUUCCAACCAAAUAGAGACCAUAGCUGACAGUAUCCAGCUGUUGGAGUGCUUGAAGAUACUGGUUGUUGACAAUAAUAAUUUACAUGUUUUACCCAAAUCCAUUUGCUCGCUGACUUCCCUGGAACUUUUAAAUGUGGAUUAUAAUCAUAUACAAACGCUUCCUGAUGAUCUGUUUAAGUUGAUGAAACUGACAAGAAUUGCAUACAAUCCAACGGAUAAAGGUUUUCAUAUAAUUAAUAACCCCUUAGCCAAACCACUGCCGGCUAUGGUUGAAGGGGGGCUUAAUGCAUUAUUUGCAUACCUUGAGGACAGAACUAAAGAGGACUGAAUGCUUUUGUUGGAAACUUUGUGCUGAUCAUCACUUUAAAUUCCCCAAUUCAGUUUAAAUUAAAUCUAAUUAAAUAUUAAGGGGUCAAAAUAGGCCAUAUAUUUAAUUAACAAAGUUGCUUUAACCCUUACUUUAAUGUAGAUAUUGCUUGCUUUGCUCUUGAAAUGAAUGUUAAUGGGGUUGUUCACCUUUGCAUUAACUUUUAGUAUGAUGUAGAGAGUGUUCUUCUGAGGCAAUUUGCAAUUGGUCUUCAUUUUUUUUAUUAUUGGUGGUUUUUAAUUAUUUCAUUUUGUGUUUAGCAACUCUUCAUUUUGGAAUUUCUGUAACUUUCUGGUUGCUAGGGUCCAAAUUACCUUAGCAACCAUGGAGUAGUUAGAAUGGGAAACUAAUAUAUGAAUAGGA